CACAUGGCUCCCCGGGCGGUUUGGCUCCUGGUCGCGCUGUCCACCGUCCUGAAGCUGCGCUCCUGCUGGGCUUAUACCUGUCCAGCCAUCUGCCGCUGCAGCGCAGACACGUUUCAGUGCAGCAGACACACUCAGCUGGCCUCCGGGACCGCAGCAACAUCUGUGCUGCGACUAAGGCUCACCCGGCUGCCCCUGAAACACGUUCCUACUCAUGCCUUCAAGGAACUGAUCAACAUAACCAUAAUAGAGAUCUCCCAGAGUGACUGCAUCGCAAAGAUUCAGAAGCAUGCCUUCUUCUCUCUCCAUAGUCUGGCGCAGAUCUCAGUGCAGAAUAUCAACAGUCUCAGAGUCAUUGAAAGCGGUGCCUUCACUGACCUGCCUAGGCUGGAAUAUUUGAGCAUCUCAAACACAGGCCUAACACACUUCCCAGACUUGACAACCAUAUCCACCCUUGCAUCAAAUAUCAUCCUAGAAAUGGCAGACAACAUGAGGAUCGACAUCAUUCCUGCCAAUUCCUUCCAGGGACUUACAAAGGAGUCUGUUGACAUGAACCUGGUUAGAAAUGGCUUCAAGGAAAUUAAAUCCCAUGCCUUUAACGGAACCAAGCUCAACACUCUAAUAUUGAGAGACAACAGGAACCUCCAUCAUAUUCAUGAAGAUGCUUUUGAAGGAACCACAGGUCCAAGUUAUCUGGAUGUUUCAUCCACAGUUCUUUGCUCCCUUCCAAGCAAAGGUUUAGGUCAAGUGCGAUCUCUAAAAGCCACCUCUGCUUUUGCUCUAAAGAGCCUUCCACCAUUAGAAGGUUUCGCCGAGCUGCUGGAGGCCGAGCUCACUUACCCGAGCCACUGCUGUGCCUUCCACACAUGGAGAAGGAAACAAAGGGAAAGUGCUUUAAGGAACUUUACAAAGUUUUGUGAUCUCAGCAAAUUAGGAAUGGAGCCCACUGAUGAUGGUGUGAAUCUUGACAUCGACUUAAACUUUCAAUACCAAGACCUUGAAUUUGUUUGCCACAGCAGCCCAUUUGUAAAGUGCUCACCAAAGCCUGAUGCUUUUAACCCCUGUGAGGACCUGCUGGGUUUUCCCUUCCUGCGCUGUCUUACCUGGCUAAUUACGGUCUUUGCUGUGGCCGGGAACCUCGCUGUCUUGGUCAUCCUGCUUAUAAGCCACCACAAGCUGACCAUCUCAAGAUUUCUCAUGUGUAACCUGGCCUUUGCAGACCUGUGCAUGGGGCUUUAUCUGAUGCUAAUUGCUUUCAUGGACUUCAACUCCCGUCAUGAGUACUACAAUCACGCUACCAGCUGGCAGACGGGGCCUGGAUGCAGCACAGCUGGGUUUUUGACCGUGUUUGCCAGCGAGCUGUCAGUGUACACUCUGACCAUCAUCAGCCUUGAACGCUGGCACACCAUUACGAACGCCAUGCACAUCAACAAGAGAUUGCGGCUGCAUCAUGUGGCAGCCAUGAUGGUGGCAGGCUGGGGCUUCUCUCUCCUCAUUGCUUUGCUUCCUCUGGUUGGAGUAAGCAGUUACAGCAAAGUGAGCAUCUGCCUACCAAUGGACAUUGACACCAUUGGCUCUCAGAUUUAUGUGAUGGUUGUGCUUAUCCUCAAUGUGGUGGCGUUCCUGGUUGUCUGCUUCUGCUAUAUAUGCAUAUAUCUCAGUGUCCACAAACCGGAGCAUUCUACUCGACACGGCGACACGAAGAUUGCCAAGCGCAUGGCAGUGCUAAUUUUCACGGAUUUCCUGUGCAUGGCACCAAUUUCCUUCUUUGCCAUCUCAGCCGCCCUGCGUAUGCCCCUCAUAACUGUGUCCCACUCGAAAAUCCUGCUAAUCCUUUUUUAUCCCAUCAACUCCCUGUGCAACCCUUUCUUGUACACCAUCUUCACACGCGCCUUCAGAAAGGACGUGUGCCGGCUGCUGAGCCGCUGUGGCUGCUGCGAUGCCAACUUCAAUUUCUACAGAUCACAGACUCUGGCAUCACAGCACACCUGCACUAACAAAGUGACCAACAGAAAACCUCACUCACUGAGCUUUUAUGCUCAUCACAUUAAGAUGAAGGGCUGCUUCUUAAGCAAGGGAGCGACAUGA